GAAAGCAGAGAGUUCUACACAGUAGCGAGUGCAUUGCAACGAACUUGUCAGGUUUAUUUGUCGGCAAGAAUUGUUUGUCUCCUCCGGUCGCAACCCAAUUUAAUAUCCAGUUGGCUUAUCAUCAUCGUUAACCAUUAUCACUGGAUUCAAAAUUCAAACAAAAUGUCGACGGUAUCUUUUCAUAUCGCAAAUUUGCUGGAGAAGAUGACGUCCAGCGACAAGGACUUUCGAUUCAUGGCUACUAACGACCUGAUGUCAGAGCUCCAAAAGGAUUCCAUCAAGCUGGAUGAUGAUUCAGAGAGAAAAGUAGUUCGGAUGCUACUGAAACUACUUGAGGAUAAAAAUGGAGAAGUUCAGAAUCUGGCCGUGAAAUGUUUGGGACCUCUUGUAGCCAAAGUGAAGGAGCCGCAAGUCGAAACCAUCGUGGAUACAUUGUGUACCAACAUGACGGGGGACAAGGAACAACUCCGGGAUAUAUCAUCAAUUGGUCUCAAGACAGUAAUUACUGAGCUUCCGUUGACGUCUCAGCAGUUGGCAUGCGUAAUUUGCAAAAAAAUUAUUGGGAAGUUGACUGUGGCCAUAGCCAAGCAGGAGGAUGUAACUGUUCAGUUGGAGGCUCUUGAUAUUUUGAGUGACUUGCUGUCUCGUUUUGGAACCAUAUUGCAUCCAUACCACGCAAUGUUAUUGGAUGCUUUGCUACCUCAGUUAAACUCUGGUCGCCAGGCUGUAAGGAAACGGACAGUUGUCGCUUUAGGAUAUCUUUCUAGUUCUUGUGGCGUAGUUCACUAUCAGAAAAUGGUUGGCAUUUUGGUGGAAGAGAUGCGUAAGGGGCUUCAGACAGGCCACGCGAACACUUACAUUCAGUGUUGCGCAACGGUUUGCAAAAAUGCGGGACAAAGAUUUGCCGAAUAUUUAAAUCAAGUUGUUAUAAUGCUGAUGGAUGCUUGCAAGGUCACGGAUGAUGAUGAAUUAAAGGAAAAUACUUUACAGGCGUUCGAAGUGUUUGUCACUCGAUGUCCUCAAGAAAUGGGUACACUUGGCCACAUUGAAGGCGUGCUUCAACUUUGCGUGAAACUUAUUUCUCAUGAUCCAAAUUACAAUGAUGACGAACAGGAUGGAUUCAAUCCAUUGAACGAGGAGAGCAUGGAUACUACAACGGGCGAUGAAGACGAUGAUGCUCAAAACGAUGAAGAUCAGGAAGAAGAUGAGUAUUCUGAUGACGACGAUAUGUCAUGGAAGGUGCGAAGAGCGGCUGCUAAAUGUAUUGAAGGAGUAAUUACGUCUCGGCCAGAUGUCUUGCUGUAUGUUUACCAAAACGUAUCUAUAAUGUUGAUUCUUCGCUUCCGAGAGAGAGAAGAAAAUGUUCGCUGCGACAUAUUUAGCGCGUAUCGAUCCCUUCUUCGUUCAACAAAGCCGGCCGUCGUCUCAAUACAUGAAUCGCGAGUCACCGGACUCCCUCCCAGCCCUGAUGCAACGGCUGCAGUUCAAGCUCUAAACGGGCAAAUUCCACAAUUGAUAAAAAUGGUGCAAAAGCAACUUAAAGAAAAGAAUAUCAAAAGUCGCCAAGCAGCAUUGCAACUCCUCCAAGAAUUGGUAGGGGUGCUUCCCGGAUGCUUGUCGCAAUUUCUUGCAAAUAUGAUGAACGGGAUUCUUGUAUGUCUAUCAGACAAGAACUCUACAUCUAAUGUUCGAACAAACACGCUUUCAUUCGUCUACUGCAUUUUAUCGUCUCAUCCAGCUGAAGUUGUCCAACCUCAUAUUGAGUUGUUAUUACCUGCUUUGAUCAAUUGCGCUAGUGAUAGUUUUUACAAAGUAACAUCGGAGGCCCUGUCAGCCUUGCAAGUUUUAGUGAAAGUAGUGCGAAGUUCAGAUCCCACUUGUCGAGAACACCCACAAGCUGAACUGAUUGCACGACAAAUUUAUCCUGUCGUCCUCCUUCGCCUGAAAGCUACAGAUAUAGACCAAGAAGUGAAAGAAAACGCUAUUACCACCAUGGCAAGUUUGUUGGCCCAUCUUGGAAAUUAUUUGCAAUCUGAGUGGCCUGUAUGUAUCCCAAUUUUUUUGGAGCGCUUGAAAAAUGAAAUCACGAGACUGACCGCCGUCAAAGCUCUAAAUCUGAUGGCGUCGUCACAAAUUGUAGACUUGGAUUUACGCUCCGUUCUUUCUGAAGCUAUUCCUGUUCUUUCCUCCUUCCUGAGGAAGAACCAGCGAGCUUUGAAACUUGCCACUCUGGGUCUACUUGAUACCCUUGUAAAGAGAUAUGGGCUAAUGGAUCCUGCUCUAUUGGAAAGUAUUGUUCGAGAAUUGUCACCACUUCUUAGCGAAUCAGACCUGCACUGUGCUCAACAAGCUUUGCAGUUGAUGACUUCUUUGGCAGUUUAUCAACCACAGUCUCUCGAAAGCACAGCGAUCGUGUGUAUGCCGUCUCUUAAAAUUCUGGUUCGUUCCCCCUUGAUGCAAGGUGCCGCAUUACUUGCACUUAUGGACUUCCUCAGGGCCCUAGUUAAAGCCAAGAUCAACUCAUUUUGUUCAACAAGAUUGCUGGGAAUCUUUCUGGAGCAAGAAGCUGUCACGACACCAACCAAAGUGGACAUUGCAACAUCACACCACAAGCAGAGCUUUUACAGUUUAGCGAAAUGUAUUUCUGUCAUUAGCGUUGGUUCUGGUCCAACCGAGGCUUUGAACGUGGCCAGUCGGUUUAUUGGUGAUCUGAAAACUGGCAACCUGACUGACACUCAAAUCGUUAUCGCAUUACUAUCCGUCGGUGAAAUUGGACGAUAUGUUGAUUUGUCAAAUCUUGCAAACGUGAGAGAAACAAUCCUGCUCAUGUUUUCUCAUCCAUCAGAAGAAGUUAAAACAGCGGCAGCAUACGCAUUUGGGUCGGUCGCAAUUGGAAAUUUAUCAGCAUUUUUACCUGCACUCUUGACCGAAAUGAAACAACAACCCAAGAAACAGUAUUUGCUUCUUCAUGCAUUGAAAGAGAUUAUCGCCGCACAACAAACUGUCGACAUCUCAUUGUACACUGAAAACAUAUGGGUGGCUUUGUUUGCUCAUGCCGAGUGCCCGGAAGAGGGUACACGAAAUGUUGUUGCAGAAUGUUUGGGACGUUUAACUUUGGCGAACCCCGAAACAUUUUUACCAAGACUGAAAUCAGCAUUAGACUCGCCUUCUAAUCUUUUACGAACAACAGUUGUUACAGCUGUGAAGUUUACAAUUGUUGACCAACCCCAAGCAAUCGACCCCAUAUUGAAGAAUACAAUAGGAGAAUUUUUGAAGAGUCUGGCUGAUGCAGACUUAAAUGUUCGACGAGUUGCCCUGGUCGCGUUCAAUUCAGCAGCUCAUAAUAAGCCAGCAUUGAUCCGGGACUUGCUUCCUCAACUCCUUCCUCAAUUGUACAUUGAAACUUUAGUUAGGAAAGAGUUAAUUCGUGAGGUAGAAAUGGGACCAUUCAAACAUUCUGUUGACGAUGGACUAGAUCUACGAAAAGCUGCAUUCGAAUGCAUGUACACACUUUUAGACUCUUGCCUCGAUCGUCUCGACAUUCAAACCUUCUUGACGCACGUAGAAAAUGGACUUCGAGACCAUUACGAUAUCAAAAUGCUGACGUAUUUGAUGGUGGCACGACUUGCUUCAUUGUGUCCUUCCCAAGUAAUUCAACGCCUUGACCGUCUUAUUGAACCACUAAAAAACACCGUGACGCUGAAAGUAAAGGCUAAUUCAGUUAAGCAGGAAUAUGAAAAACAAGACGAACUCAAACGCGCUGCAUUGAGAGCUGUGAGUGCUUUAAGCGUUAUUCCUGAUGCAGACAAAAACAUGCAACUCAUGGAGUUUGUUGCUCAAAUCAGAAGCAGUACUGAUUUGCAAACAAUGUAUGAUUCUGUGCAAACUGAUAGCACCGUAUCAUCCAACGAGGUUCCCAUGAAUGUUGAAUGACCUCCAAGAUUUCGUCUACGGCCAUUCCCAAAUCCAUAACUUCCGACCUUCCGAUUCAACAAACAAACAGCACGGCAUGCACCUUGGUCUUUUAUAUUAUUCUUAUUUAAGUGGACUUGUCAGAUUCAUCACUCUCCUCUAUUCCUAUGUAUAAUACGUACACCAUCUUUCCUCCAAUAACUGAGAGCGGUGUGGCGAUUUUGUUCUAAACCCUAUUUUGGAGUGUGCAAGACAUGAGCGAUUGUAACUAAUAUUAAGAAUUGUAUAAUUUGUUGGGAGAAAUGUGAUGAAAAAGUACCAGAUGAUAAAUUUUGUGUAGCAUUGAUGUGUAACAAGAAAUAAUUGUACCACGGAAGUUUGAACAAUAAUAAAAUUGUGUUUCUUAAUCUAA